AUGGCGGCCUCCGGUGUCAAAGUGAGUGUUGAGCCCGUCCUCGAACAUCAAAUACAAGAGGUGGCACUGGAUGGCCAAGAAACCUAUGUAACGCCUCUGUCUAUGUCAGAAAACCUUACGAAACUUGCACAUAAGAUAGACUUUGGUAAAUCUGACGAAGACGAGGUUAGUGGUGAGAAAGAAAAGGAUGAAGAAUUGACACCAUUCCAGCCUCCUCAGUGGCCAUGGGAAUCAGUGAGAAAUAAACUGAGGAAUGCUUUCACUGAAGUAUGUGUUCUAGCUGAUGUACUAAGCAUCGCCAAAGAGACACGGUAUAUGGUACUGGAUGAAGUAUCCCAAGAGGAAGCCAUUUCAAAACCAGCUUUACAACUCUUAGCAAAGAAGCGGAGUCUUUCUGGAGCUGCACAGAUUCUGGUUGAAGGUGCAGGCAGACUAUUUAAGUCACAAGUUGUUUCUGGAAGUCUAAAAAGCAAUAAACAUGACUUCCAUGUUGAGUUAUUAAAGCUGCAUCAGAAUUGGAGACUGAAAAGGGUUGGUAAGAAUAUCAUAGGUGACCUCAGUUUUAAAACAGCUGGUUCUAGGUUUUGGCACACUGGAGCAUUUGAAGUGAGCAAAGCAAUUGAGAAUGGCGCCACACCAGGGCAAAAAUAUCCAUUAGAAAUUACAGUACCAAGUGAUUUGGAAGGGAAAAGUUACAUACAUGUGUGUGUCCAACCAGAAGGAACAGACCUUGCUCAAGCUGGACUGUUCCACUGUCUCAGAGGUAGAGUGCCUAGUGAGUCGCUUUGGCAGGAAAAGUUGGAAGCUGCACAGACUGUCUUGUUUUGUAAAGAGCUUUUUGCCCAGCUUGCAAGAGAAGCAGUACAAUUGAAAGCACCCAUUCCACAUCUGGUGGUUGGCAAUCAAAUAGUCUCUCACGUAUUCCCAGGAAUUCAGCUACGCAUUACACUUUGCCAUGAAACAAACAUAGAAAAGAAGGUAGGUACACCUACAUUGUUAUUACACCCUACAAAUAUACAUGUCACUAAUAA